AUGAGGGUUUUCAUCUCGACGCAUAUGCUGUCGCUAAAAUUCCCUGCCAUCCAUGGCAUGGGCAGGGUGCGCAGUGACCAACUUGUCCCCCGUAGCUGCUACACUUCGGCAGUCAAAUCUACCAAUCCCCACCAGCGGCGUGAGUCCCUCUCAGUGACUAAAGCCCAACCCCCUCAUUGGGCCGGCAUUAAAAGACCUGAGGACUCGAGGGAGGAAUUCGUCACCCAACAGGCUAAACCUGUGGAGGACCUUGAACUUGUUUGCCUUCAUGAAGACCUCCCGGAUUGGCAGGUCCAGAUCGGCACUGCCCUCUCACCCAACCUUCAUUCCGCCCAUAUAGCCUUUCUCGUUUAA